ACCAACGCAUACACACAGCCGCGCCGCAUACCGAGGCGCGCGGGCGCACCGAUCGCUGCGUUUUGCAUCGAAGCCUCAGUUCUAAAGCUACUUUUAGGGUCAUCAAACGCUUUAUAGAUUUAAAACGUCAAAACUUUAUAAACUAACAACCCUAUUUCUAAUUUUAAAAACAGAACUGCGUGUAAGUGACGUGAAGUGAGAUGAAAGUUUUGAUUGUAACAAUUUCAACGUGUUAAGUUUUAAAUUAAGGUGGUGUUAAGUUUGUGGUUAAGUGAAAAGUGCUGGAUAACUAGGUGUGCUUGGUGACAUCCGUGCUAUGGCAGGGUUCGUGAGGGGUUGAAAGAUGUGGAAAAACACUUUCUACGUGAAAUCUGUACGGAAAAAGGAGACCAGUAAAUAGGGUCUCACGAUGUCCAGCUGUUCCGGGCCCGGUGUGUGCGGCGGCGCGCGCCGGCGGCCCCCGCCGCCUCCUGAGCCAGCUCUGUCGCUCGCCGCCGAUCUGAGCGAACUGAGCUUAGACCAGGGUUAUCACACGUUAGCUGACUGUGGACCGCCAAGGAGAAGAAGGGAUAACACCCUCAGUGAUGCUAUUUGGUUGAAGAUACUGUCGCAUUUAGAGGUAUCAGACCUCUGCCGCAUGUCGCGUGUGUGUCGACGCUGGGCGCGACUCAUUUCGCGUCUGACCGCGAGGCCCGAGGUGUGGAAGAAGAUCAGAGCGGCCGGGCCGUUGGAGGUGGCGGCUCGCUGUGCCGGUGCGAGGGCGGGGCCUUGCGUCAAUGGAGUCAGGGAGUGGCGAGCGAAGAAUUCUGUGGUGACAGCCGCAGGCGCACAGCUCCUGGCCGCUACGUUCAGAAAUCUAACGCAUUUAGCGGUAACUGGCUCAAGUAGUAUGGAUGCGCGCUCACUGGCGCCGCUCAUCACCGACCUCGUGGACUUGAGGCAUAUCGACCUUACCGGUUGCCCAUCCGUGGACUGGCCGGAGUGGGCAUGGUUAGAGGGUCGGCUAGCGACCCGCCGGCCACCGGUGGAGUACAUAGACCUCACGGAUUGUGGAGCUGUCACAGACGCUGGCUUGUGUGCGUUGUUGCACACGUGUCCCUCGCUCCAGUACCUGUACCUACGAAGAUGUACCCUUGUCACAGAUGGAGGCGUCCGGUGGAUCCCUUCGUACUGUGCGCUCAAAGAGCUCAGCGUGUCCGACUGUACGGGCGUCACGGAUUUCGGUCUCUACGAGCUGGCGAAACUCGGCCCCGCGCUGCGCUACCUUUCCGUCGCUAAGUGUACUCAGGUGUCAGACUCCGGAGUACGGACACUAGCCCGUCGAUGCUACAAGCUGCGGUAUCUGAACGCGCGCGGCUGCGGCGCUCUGGGAGAUGAUGGCGUGGAGGCUGUGGCUAGAGGAUGCUCCAGGCUAAGGGCCUUGGACCUCGGGGCCACUGACGUGUCAGAGGCUGGUUUACAGAUCCUCGCCCGAUGCUGCCCCAACCUGAAGAAGCUGGCUCUCCGCGGCUGCGAGCUGAUCGGAGACGACGGACUAGAGGCAGUGGCUUACUACUGCCGCGGUCUGACGCAGCUCAACAUCCAGGACUCACCAGUCACGCUGAGGGGGUACCGGGCAGUGAAAAAAUACUGCAAGCGAUGCGUUAUUGAACAUACUAAUCCUGGAUUCUGUUGACGCUAGAAUCCAUUGUAUCGAAAACUGGUUUAAACUAAGACCUCCCUGGACACCCCUAACCUGAAUGUAACAUCGCUGGAAUAGCAGGCGUCCAUAUGCUAAGGUGACCGCUUAUCAGCAGGCGGGUGGUAUGCUUGUUUGCCACAUAGCAUAAAAAAGAAUCGCUCGUGUUAGCGUAAUGUUGGCAAUGUCUCACGCAGGUAAACAUUCACCAAUCCACCAACCAAUCUCGCUGAAGAGAGACUAAAAGAAAAAAAAACUGCAGCGUACACACAGCUGCAGUGCUGCCGUCAAAUCGUGAAUAUUUCUCGGAAGUUGCGGAUUUGUUAGAAGUUAGAACAUGAUCAUAUUCCUGGAUUUAACGUUGAAUACUGGCCAGCGUCGAAGGAAAAUUGAGAUGUGCCUUGUAUCGGAAAACAGAUUUCAGCGGAUUCGUCAGACGCCUUACACGUUUUGAUUAACGCUUGAAAAUGGUUUCGUCUUGUAGCUAUCGAUUUUGUGUUGGCAGACAACACACUAGGAGAUAUAAUCAUAGUUCGGCCAUGUAAAAACAGUUUUUCUGCUGGAAAAGUUAAUCCAUAAUUGAUUUGACUUAAUUUUAGAAGCUCCAUUCCAAAUUGGAAUGAAUUGGAAUGGAAAUUUCAAUUCUACUUAACUAUGAACUGAAAUAGUGUAUGAUAUAUCUAUUUCAAUUUAUAACGUAUACAUAAUUGUGUAACUAUUUAAAAAAAGAAAUCUAAAAUAUUUCAUAAAAUAAUUUGAUUUGAUCCCUAGUUGUCUACUUACCUAGUUUAAAAAACCGGACAAGUGCGAGUCGGACUCGCCCACCGAGGGUUCCGUACUUUUUAGUAUUUGUUGUUGUAGCGGCAACUGAAAUACAUCAUCUGUGAAAAUUUCAACUGUCUAGCUAUCACGGUUCAUGAAUGAAUGGUGACAGACAGACGGACAGACGGAUAUCGGAGUAAUAGGGUCCCGUUUUACCCUUUGGGUACGGAACCCUAAAAAAACGGCCCUUCAGCGAGCAAAUUAACCGCCCGAAUCCUUCAAUUGUAAGGAAAUCUGACAAGUAUUUUGUAGACAUUAUUACGCAGUCCGUAACUUUUUGUGUAGGUACCUUAAUUAAAAUACUUAUUUUGCUUGCUUUAAUUUGUUUUGAAUACAAGCAAUUACCUACCGUUCUUAUAUACCUUUGGCAUGUCUCUAUUUUUACUCUGUUUAGUUUAUCAUUAAAUCCAUGGACGACGUAAAUUGAACAUAAUGUUUAAAACUGUUUUUUGCCCUCAGCAUGUUAGUCAAUUUGAGACCUAUACUUUAAAUAGGUACCUACCUACUGUAUUUUGUGUAUAUAAAUCUAAGUGGCGCGUAAUCGUUUAAUAACAAGUGCGUCUUUUUUCUCUUAUGACUUAUCAGUUUUAUGACGGCAAAAGUUGUAAUUAAUGUUCGUUAAGGGGUUAAUCAGUUUAUUCAUGCUCUGUAUAUGCUUUGUAGUCUGUUGAUAAGCUAUACUAUACUAAGGUAUUUUUGACAUUUAGAUGAGACCUGUCACCGUACCCAAGCUAAGUCAAAAAUACUAUCGCUAAGUUGUACAUAAUUAACCAGAAAGUGCCAAUUUUGAUCGUACAUUGUUUUGAACUUACGAUGGUUUUAUUGAAAAAGUUGUCUUGCCAGGCGGUGUUACAUAAUGAUAAAUUAUCUUUUGGUUGCUUUUAGUCACAUAUCAUGUAAGUAUAUUGUUGAGAGAUAUGGAGAUGUAAUCACAGCUAAAUGGCAGCCACAGCUUUUACAUGAAUAUCAAAUUUACACUAUAGUAACAAUUUUGUUAAAUAAUCUUUUCUUAAUAUAGACUUAACAUGUGCCAUAGAGUAUAAAAAUAACAUCACAAUUUUAUUGAAUUCUCCUAAAUUUCGUUUUUAUGGUCGUAUGAAAUUUUCCUACAAUAGGUGUACUGUAAAUGUAUAGUUAUUAUAUUAUUUGUAAUUAUAUAGCAAAAUUCUUGAAAAGAUACAAUAUUAAAAACUGUAAUAGAUGUCAUACAUUAAAGAAAAAGUGACGAAGCCCUCCAGUGGUGAAGGCCGGAUUCGAACCGGAU